AUGUCAUUCACGAACGCGCCCGUCACGCGCACCAUUGUGCUUGGUUUGGUAUCAAGCUCGAUAGCAGCCAGCCUGUUCGACAUCAAGCAUUACUUCUACAUCAUCGUCGACACCCACCUCUGGCGCUAUCAUCAACUAUGGCGUCUCUUGACGUAUCAGCUAUGCUGCACCAACUCGAGCGAGGUGCUCUUCGCCUCAAUGACCCUCUAUCACCUGAGAGUCAUUGAGCAAAUGUGGGGUUCGAGGAAGUAUGCUUCGUUCAUUCUUGUUUCCGCACUCUUCACGGCCGUGAUACCGCCGGUUUUCCUGUCGAUCGUGCUGCGGCCACUGACGGCGGGCUUGUUCAACUACAUGCCUGCCGGACCAACCCCGAUCAUUUUCGCCAUCUUAGCGCAGUACCAUGCUGUAAUUCCUCACAUCUACCGAUACCGAGUUGCCGCAUCCGCUGCUCCGCCGACGAAUGACGAAUUCGUCGGCCUUACUUUCUCCGACAAGUCGUACCGCUACGCGCUUGCCAUACAGCUGGCACUUUUCCAGUGGCCCGGCUCGCUACUCGGUGCUGUUGUUGGCUGGGUUGUUGGAUACUCUUGGAGGAACGACCUGCUACCGGGUGUGAUGACCAAGUGGCGCCUGCCGGGUUGGAUGGUUGGAAUGAACACGAAGCUCCCGCCCAGCUCUGCUCUUGUCGACCUCAAGGACCCGAUCCAAGUCCAUCUGUUGACCGAAACAGCCUUGACAGACAGCAAACAGUUCCGGAUAUUGUCGCAAGAGGAGGUCGACAGUCUGAAAAAGCAGAUCCAGUCCUUGACAUUACGCGUCGAACAAACACGAACGAACCUCGCCAUCCAGACCAAGUAUCGAGAUGCUGCGAUAUCCAUGGCCAGGCUAUACUCGCAGCCCGAGGCUAGCAAGAGGAGGAGUCUGAUGGGCAACAACCGCGACAGCAUGGGCGAAUCCCUGCGCGAGGCUGAAGCCGAACGACAAGCGAGCGAGAAGCGCUGCGACGACUUGUCAAACGAGUUGCGCAGCCUUGAGCAACGUCAAAUAGAGUCGCAACGGAGUUUGCUGGAGCAUACGGCUGGUAUCCUCCAGCUGACGCACAAGGCGUCUAAGAAACCGACGAAUCAGCUGCCUGCACAAAUCAUGAACGGUAUGCCCGGAAGCCCCGAGAGCCUCUACACGUACUCGAAUGGCCGCAACAGCAUGGAGCGAUCUGGAGACGACUCUUUCUUCGACGAGAACGGCUUGUUCCAAGACUUGGGAAUCGAGGGGUCUCCUUCCCGCGGGAAGCCCAAGGUCACGCCCCUGAAUAUUCCGUCCAAAGCGCCUGGGGUUGAAGACAAGCAGCUGCGGGAAGAGGCCGACAGAUUGAAGGAGGAGAACGCCCAACUUCGUGCGCAAGCCGACACGUUGAAUAGGCUACAGGACGAGAAUGCCCAGCUACGGGCGCAGACCGAUGCUUUGAGCACCGAAAUUGACUCCCUCAAAAGCGAGAACACGCAGCGCUUACAAUCUGUUACGGAUACGGAGCGAAAACUUAUGACUUUCAACAACUCUUUGCGAGAGGUAAUUGUAAACUUUAAUCCUACCAAGAACGGCGGCUUUCGCGAGCCUCCUUCGGCACCACCAGCCGAGCCCGGUGCAACACUCGGCAGUCAGUUCCAGUACCUGGAGCAGGGCCUGCUGGUCGUGCGCGAGGAACAGCAGCUUCAGGGACAGUCUUCCGAUGGUCUCAAGGAUGUGAAGGCUGCGGCUGCGGCGUCUUCUAUUGCAUUAACCCAGGCAGAAGGCCGUAUUGAAGAUCUCAACCAGAAACUCCGAGAUGUCCUAGUCGUUGUUGACCCAGACUACCCUGAGGUCCCCAACACGGGUCUAAAUGCGCAGUUCGACUUCCUCCGAGACGCGUUGAUUGUUGUCGAGGAGGAAAUGAAGAAGACUGCUAGCAAGACCGCCGUCAAGAAGCAGGAUGACGAGCAGACUGAGGCUGUACUGAUGGGCUUGUGGGAUAUCAUCCAGUCCGGGUUUGCCAGCAUUCAGAAGCAGAAGGCAGACCGACGUCGCACACGAAUGGAGCAGGGCGUGUCUGACGACGACGACAUGUCGGACAACGAGGCUGUCGACACAGACGAGCCCUACUCGUUGUCUGCCUUCUCAACCAAGGUUCAGUGGCUGUACAGCCAGGCCACUAGCUUGAAGGAACAGAAGUCCGUCCUCAAACGCCAAAUCAAACAACAACGCGAGUUGGGUAAUAAGUCUGAGUCUCAGAAGGACACUGAGAUCAAAGCCAAGCAAGACCAACUCGACCAGCUUCGAGCCGCUCAAGCGCGCGCUGAUGAAGAGAGGACGCUCGAGCUGACAAUCAAGCAAGACCAGCUCGACCAGCUCAGAUCUCUCCUGGAGCAGUCAGAGGCCGAAGUUGCUGAAGCCCAGGAAAAGCUUGCCAAGGCUGAGAAGGAGGCUGAGGCCGCAAACGUUACUCGCAUGGCUAAUGAGUCGAGCUCCACCAAGACUCAGAACGAAAUCAAGGAGCGCGACGCCAAGAUUGCAUCCUUGGAGGCGACUGUCAAGGAGGCGGAGACGAAGAUGGCGAGCAUCACUUCCAACGCCCAGGACAAGGACGGCAAGCUAUCAAAGGCCAACGAGGAGGUGUCGUUGCUGACGAUCAAGCUGGCUGCUGCGGAGAAGGCGGCCGUUGAGAAGCAACAGGAGGCCGAGGCUAAGAGCAAGGAAGUGAAGGAAAAGGAGGAAGAGAUCGACCGUUUCAAUAUGAUGCUCGUUGAGCUGAAGACCGAGCUGACCAUCGCGCAAGCCGAGCUCGACGGCGCGUAUGGCUCUCGUAAGGAAAGGGCUACGCAGGCCGCUGCUGUUCAGAAUAACGUGGAGCUCACACAGCUGAAGUCCGAGGUCGAAAGGCUCAAGGAUGAGCUCAGCUCUACCCUCAAGGAGCUCGAGAAUAUCACGGCGGAGACUAUCAACGCUGAGAGGGAGAAGUUUGAUGUCGAGAGCAAGCUUGACGAUGCUUUGGCCACCAAGUCUUCCCUCGAGGGCGAAGUUGCGUCGCUAAAGGAUCAGCUCGACGCCGAGGUUCUCAACUCGAGGAGCAAGAUGUCGAAGUUGCAAGAGGAACUGGAUGCGGAGCGACUCAAGGUUACACCUGGCGCCGGUGCCCGUGGUGCUGGAGCUACCAUGCUCAGCGAGCAGUUCCGAGCCACGAUGAGGGAGGAGAGGAAGAAGUUCCAGGAGGAUCUCAAGGAGGAACAAGCCAAGAGAAGAAGGCUCGAAGAAGAACUGCAGAAGUUCAGGAAAUCGCAGGGCCCCGGACGAAGCCCCCUGAGCCCAAGAUAA